CUGCGCACUUGUUUAUCUUUCGCAGCCUCGUGUCCCACUUUCUCUUCCCUAAUGUCCUGCUCUCUCUCCCUUCCUCUCUUCGCCUGCAAACACAGAUUGAACCCAUAUACCCUCCUAUAAUCAGCUUGACCGCACCAUGACGGACAAGCAAGAGCAAGAGCACAUCGGGCCUGCUAAAAACCAACUGCAGGACGCGCCUGCAAAUCUGGCAGACACCCAGCCUGUGGGUGGCGUGAGCAGCAGCACGCCCCAAGCCAAGCCCGAAACCGCUGUUCCCUCAUCGUCUGCCAACGUCAACGCCUCUGGUGAUAAGGAGAAGGCGAACAAUGGCAAAGGUGGCAGUCUGCAGGUUGAGGAGCAAGAGCACCACGAACACAAGGACCAAAUCUCGCCCGAGCUCGAGGCCCUCCUCCACACAGACCCAAUGCAAGGUCUCACGGAUCAGGAGGUUGAGGACCGAAGGGUCCAAUUCGGACCAAACGAACUCAAAGAGGUCAAGAAGAAUCCCAUCAUUAAGUUCUUGGGCUACUUUACGGGCGCUAUUGCAUAUCUCAUUGAGAUUGCCUGUAUUAUUUCUGCUGUUGUCAAAGUAAGUAUGCCUCUCAGCGCACCGCUACCUGUUCUUUCAGUCACUUGGGUCUUGUCAAAGAAAAAAGAAAAAAGAAAAAAGAAAAAAAGCAACUAACCGCGGUUUUGCUUUAUUUGUGUGUACCGUGCAGGAUUGGCUUGAUUUCGGCAUCAUUCUCGCUUUGCUCCUCGUCAAUGCCUGUAUUGGAUUCAUUGAGGAGGCCAAGGCCGAAUCCGCUCUGGAUGCGCUGCGUCAAACACUUGCUCUCAAGACCCGUUGCUGGCGUAACGGCCAUCUGGUUGAGCUUGAUACCUCGGCCC